GCACUGGGAGCACUGGUUUGGACUGGGAUGCUGGGCAGGGGCACGGCUGGGGGGUCGCCGCCCCCCGGGGCACCCCCGGGACCAUUUCCCAGGUGGGAAAAGCCUGGCAGGGCCGUGGCGGGGCUGCCCAGCGCCCGGUGGCCUGUGCCCGGUGGCCUGUGCCCGGUGGCCUGUGCCCAGUGCCCAGUGUCCAGUGCCCUCCCCUGUGCCCAGUGUCCUGCCCAGUAUCCUAGCCGGUGACCAGCGUCUUGUCCAGUGUCCUGCGCCCUGCCCAGUGCCCAGUGUCCUGCACUGGUGCUCAGUGCCCUGCCAAGUGUCCUGUGCCCGGUGUCCUCCACCAGUGUCCAGUGCCCUGCCCAGUGCCCGGCGUCCUGCCCCAGUGUCCUGCAACUGUGCCCAGUGCCCAGUUCCCAGUUCCCAAUGCCCAGUGCCCAGUGCUCUGCCUAGUUCCCUGUUCCCAGUGCCCAGUUCCCGGUGUCCUGCCCAGUGACCAGUUCCCGGUGUCCUGCACCUGUGCCCAGUGUCCAGUACCCAGUUCCUAGUGCCCACUGUCCUGCACCUGUGCCCAGUGUCCAGUGCCCUGCCCAUUUCCCAGUGCCCAGGACCAGUGCCCAGUGCCCAGUUCCCAUGUCCCAGUUCCCAGUGCCCAGUUCCCAGUGCCCUGCCCAGUGUCCAGUGCCCUGCCCAGUGCCCAGCAGCACCACAGGGUGGCACGCGGGCGUGUCCAGCAGUGCCACACCCACCUGUCCGGCGGUGCCACGCCCGUGUCCCUGUCCCCGCGUGGGGACCCACAGGAAGCCACCGCCAGCAGAGGAAACGGCGGAGCCCGAGCUGAGCACGUCACGAGCUGAGCCGGCCCCGGUGGCACCGGGGAGGGGACGCGGCCCCGAGGGACCCCCGGGGGACACUCCGGACACGCCGGACACGCCGGACAUGCCGGAGGUGCUCGGAUGGAGGAGCCGGUGGUGAAGCAGGGCGGGAUCUACCUCCAGCUCCAGCAAACCUUCGGGAAGAAAUGGAAGAAGUUCUGGGGUGUCCUGUACCGGGAGAGCUCCUGCUCCACGGCCCGCCUGGAGCUGCUGGAGGGCUCGGGGCCGGCGGAGAGGCCGCGCAAGGCCGAGGGUGGCCGGCGCCUGGUCCGGCUCAGCGACUGCGUCCACGUGGCCGAGGCGGGCGGCGAUGCCACCUGUCCCAAGGACACCGUCCCCUUCCUGCUGGAGACCACGGACCGGCGAUUCCUCCUGGCUGCCGACAGCGCCGAGGCGGCCGACUGGAUCCAGAGGCUGUGCGAGCUGGCGUUCCCGAGGAGCCGGGAGGAGCCAGCAGCGGCCAAGGAGGGCCCGCCGGGCUCGCUGGGCACCAAGGGCGAGUUCUCCAUGGAGGAAAAUUCCCUGUACAGCUCCCGGGGCAAAGCCAGCCUGGAGCAGGUGUUUGAGGUGACAGUGAGGGUGACGCCGUCGUCGCAGCGCUGCCGCCUCCGGGGCCGCUGCAUCCUGAGGGCCGGCGAGGAGGCGCUGGAGCUGCGGCACCUCCAGAGCCAGGAGAUCCUGUACAGCUGGCCCUACCGCUUCCUGCGCCGCUUCGGCCGGGAUAAGGUGACCUUCUCCUUCGAGGCCGGCCGGCGCUGCGCGUCCGGAGAGGGCAACUUCGAGUUCGACACCAGGCAAGGCAACGAGAUCUUCCAGGCCAUCGAGGCGGCCAUCGACGUCCAGCGGGGCCGGGGGGCCGAGGGGACGCGCUGGGGGGGCCCCGCGGACGAAGCCCCACGGCCGCUUGACCACGCCAGGACGCCCAGCUGGGCACAGGGCCACGAGGAGCCCAAGUGCCCCUCUGGGGAGGGGAAGGUGCCCAAAGGGGAGGGGAAGGGGGUGAAGGCCAAAGCGGGGAUGCCGCCCGGGGCUGGGGAGCCCUCGGGGCCCUUCCAGGCGUCGCGGGGUGCGGAUUUUCCCUACGCCGAGCCCUGCGAUUCCCUGCGCCGCGGGAAUGCGCCGGCGGUGCCGGAGAAGGGCUGGAGGCAGGACGGUGCCAAGGUGGAGUCCGAGUACGCCGUUCCCUUCGACACCAUCGCCAAGUCCUUCCUGGCGCGCCAGCUCGGCGGCCUGGGCUGUCCCCAGGAGGGGCUCCCCGAGCCCCCGAGUGGCCCCAGGGAGGCAGAGAGGGGCCGGCAGCCCCCCGGCCGCCCCACUGCCCCCAAACCCGAGCACAUCUACGACGAGCCCGAGGCUCUCUGCGCCCUCUCCGUGUACGACGAGCCCGAGGAGGUGAAGGGGGAGGCGUGGAGGCUGCAGGCGGCCCCCGAGGAGCCCCCCGGGCAGGGCUGUCCCUACAACCCGCAGCGCGAUGACUACGCCGUCCCCAAAAGGCCGGUCCCGCUCCGCCAGCCCUUCCUGCUGCAGGGCAAGGAGUGGCUCGGCGACAACGAGUACGACAACGUGGCCCUCAAGGGGGCCAAGAAGAGGAACCUGCAGUGAGCGGGAGCGGGGGGACGGGAGGAGGGGACACCCCAAAUGCCCCGAUCGGGCUUUACCCCAGCCCCGGCUGGGCUGAGACCAGCCCAGCUCAGCGCACCCGUGGCUGGGGAGGGGGCACGGGGACACAUCUGGGCAGCGGUGCGGCACAGCUGGGUGGCGGCAGGGGACAUCCAGGUGGCGGCAGGGGACAGCUGGGCAGCGCUGGGAGCGGGAUGCGCCCACUGGAGGGCAGUGCGAGCCCGCCGGACGGGCGGUGCCCGGGCAGGGGUCCCCCCGCAGCCCCGCAGCCGCAGCCCCGGGACCCCAAAUCCGCUCCUCACCCAGCGCAGCCUCGGGAGCAGCGGCUCUGCCCCCCCCACAUCCCCCGGGAUGCACUUCCAGAGGCAGCUGGGGCGGGAAUGGGCCUGGGAUGCUCGGUUGGCGCACUUCGGCAGGGAUGCGCACCCGGAAUCCCCCGGGAUGCAGCUCCCACCCCAUGGGAUGGACGAUGCUCAUUCCAGGGAUGGACAUCCCAGAUCCCCCGGGAUGCAGCUCCCACCCCAUGGGAUGGACGAUGCUCAUCCCCAGGCAUUCAGAUCCCACAGCCGAGGCUCGCUGUGCCCCCAGUGCUCCCAGUGCUCCCAGUACGUUCUAGUGCCGCGGCAGGGCCAGGUCCUUCCCUGUCCGAAGGUCCCUCCAGCUCCUCUCUCAGCAAUCCCACAAAUUCCCGCUGUUCCAGCCACACUUUUGUUUUUAAUUCCUGUUAUAGCCCCCCUUUCCAGCCCCUCUGGAUUCCAGAUGGAAUACUGGGCUUUAUUUUCAUGGAGAUUUUCACGGCUGGCUCCAGUCCUCCCAGUACAAACCAGUACAAACCAGUACAAACCAGUGCACAGCCUCUGGGUCAUCCUCCCUUUCCUCCUCCUCCUCUUCCCAACCACCUCCAGCCUUUCCUUGGAUACAUCCAGCCCCUCAACCAGACCCAUCCCAAUUCCCCAUGGGUAUUUCCCUGGCACCUGGAUCCUGCUGGGACCCUCCAUGGACACCUUGGACCCCCCCAGCUCCAUCCCCACCCCGGAGAGACCUCGGGAUCCCAGUUCCUCACCACCCCAUCAGGUUUUCCAUGGAAAGCGCAGACAUGCCAUGAAUUAUUUAUAAUCUCUCCCAAUCAAAGGGAACGCUCAGGUGCUCCGGUUCAUUUCCUGGAUCCCGCGAAUCCAAAGGGCGGAUUUUAAUAAGGCAAAUUAAGUGCUUUUAAUGAGAGACGCUGAUUAAAGCUCCGUAUCCAUCGCUGCAUCCCGGGCGGGAUUGAAGGGAAUGGGAUGCGCAGGUGGGAUCCCGCUCCAGGUGGGAAAAACACCUAAAAUUGGGCCCGAAUAAAGAAAAAUCCCACAUUUCCAGCACA